AUGACCUCAGAAAAUCAACAAGAUCCUGUAUUUUUCGAUUCCUUGCCUUAUUAUGAUAACGAUCUGGAGGUGCACUCGGUUCUCAGAGAAAAGGUCCAGCACGAGCUAGCUGUAGAAACACAAAGACUAGAACAAGGGAAGCUGCACCCGCGCAUUCCACCUCCACUUAAGCUGUUCUCCGUUCGUACGAAACAAAGCAUCACUCACCCGUUACUUGCUCUUGAACUGAAGCGUGUAGAAGCGCGGCAGCCACUAUCUGCAAUAGACACUACGCGAUUCCAGCUACCUGCUCCGACGUCUACACCGGGAUCUGACGAAGACUGGAAAGCAGCAUUGGACAACGCCCACAUUCAGCUGGAGCAUCAACGUAUAAGGCACAAUAAUUUGGCCCUACUACAACAGUACGGUAGCAAUGCAUGGCGAAUACAUAAUUUCCUGUUGGAGGCGGACACUAAGAAGGCAGAGAAAAUGUUGGAGGACCUGAAGGAGCAGACGACAGAAGUCAAUCGGGAGAGGAAGAAUACACAGACUCGCAUCGGGAAUCAACUCACGUCACUUGAGACUCGGUGGACCGAGCUCAUCUCAAGCGUUCUCCAGGUCGAAAUGGCAAAUGUUGCACUUGAGGGAGAAGUAGCCCAGCUGAAUGCAAGAGAGACCGAGCUGGCUGGUAUCGUGGUACUUGCUUCUACCUCUUCCGUUCUGAUUUUUGAGGGCGCAGACUAUCACCAGCAAGAAUACGCUUUUUUAAAUCCUUCUUCGGCACACAAUCUAGGUCCUGCACUACUACGAAAGCCGAGACCACAAAGAAAACAAGUGGCGUCUAGUGACGCGUUUAUGGAGAAUACGAAUACCUCGACGCAGGGGACUUCAGGACCAAAUGUAUUGGCGGAUGGGAAUGGGGGGACCUCAGAUAGUACUUUCUAUUCAACAACGUCCGAGCUGCUUGAGCGUCCCCCUGUUGUGGCUGACUCGACGGCGAGCGGGAGUGCACCUCAGGGUUCCACAAGUACGCCUGUCGAGCUCGCAGCACCGAAAGGUUCUGGGUAUGGGGGUUCGGGGGGAGCGAUUUCUGCAUCUGCAGUUGGCUCGCCUCAUCCAAAGAAAUUCAAUGCUGUGAAUAUCAACAAGAAGUUCUUGGAGAAGAACUAUUCAGGUUCGGGGUCUAGUCAACCGUCUUCCACAUCUACUCCAGCCAAGUCGAUUGGAGUCACUGCAAAACCUACACCACAACCACCCCUCUCACAUUCCCGCCUGGUCACAACCAAGCUUACUGCUCUUCCACAAUCUUCUACGACCACAGGACCAGGAUGGUCCCGUCCAUCGUCCGCCUCACCUUCUAUUGCACCCUCCCCAAUCCCACCAGGGAAUCCAUCCUCACCCGCACCUAUUCAUGCCGCCCCGCAGCUUCCCCAUGCAGGGAAGGUCAUCCAACCUCAGUCUCGUGGGGCAAGCCUCGUGGCAGCCACGAAAGAGACUCCUAGUAGUUCGAACAAACCUGUCUGGGCUAACAUGAAAUCUGGUUCUAGCGCAGUCACGAAAUCAGAUGCAGUGGUACAAGAAGAUUUCCCUACAGCAGCUGAGGCAGCACAGAGUCGUGCAGCUAGAAGCUUAGAGAAAAAAAUACCAUCAGAUAUUCCUUCCGUCCAAAACCAGGACGCAGACACAUUUCGCGGCAUUCAUCUCAAUCCAAAUGCCCAUCAUUGGGACGAGGAGGAGGAAGAUAAUGAUGAUUUCUUGGGCGGUGUCAUCGAGUUUGGUGAUGGUCGACAGUACACCAUUCAGCCCACAGAUCCAUCAAUAUCUGCAGACUCCAUUGGAGGCACAUCAAAUAAGGAUCGUGAUCCCCAGGCUCUCAUUAAAAAAGAGGACAGGUUUGCAGACGAUUUCGACAGAAGCUGGCCACGUUCGAGAACAUUAUCCUCGUUUGGUCGUGCCAGAGGCGCACCAACUCAUUCCCCCGCAUCAUUCGCUUCGCCCUCCUCCCCUCAAGAGUCUUCUAGGGUUCUCUUCAACGAGCGAUCCAAUAGGUUGGAGCCUUACUCUAAUUCCCACCCUCGACAUCCUCCAAAUGAUACUACGGGUGACAGCAGAAACGGCCGAGAUGUUCCACCACAUCACAAUGUGCGGCUGCUGGAGAAAACUGGGUCCGAGCGUUCGCGGCGCAGCUUUUCUGGAGUGGACAACGACCAGCACAACGAGUUAAGGGAACUUCGGCGAGAUGCUCCCGCAUUUGGCUCGUCCGAUGAGCCAAGAGGCAGACGGCUGUCUAGCACCGGUGACACCCAUACAUCCGGACCCGACGUAUCGAGCGAAGGUGGUAGGCAAUUACCCCCUCAUCUAUCCUCAGUGCGCCCCCCGCCCGCCCCUCAUCGGCAAGGGAAUAGAGAAUCGUGGCAUCAACAAUCUUCAAGAGAGGAUGCGUCUUCAGUCACAAGUCAUGCACUUCGCUCACCUAGCGUCGCAAGUAACAAUACCCUCGCGGAGGCUACUCCCGCAUCAUCGACCGUUCCCCUUGUCGACGUAGAGGAAGUGCGCAAAGCUGCCAUGCAUUCUGCAGCGGAACGUGCCAGGCUCCGACGACAGCAAGAAGAAGAGGAACGUGAGAGAGAGAGAGAGCGAGCCCGUAAGAAAGCUGCCGAACUGGAAGCCAAGAUGAAUGCUGCCAAGCAAGAAAAGGAGACAGUUACAGAAGAGAUAUCUCCAGAACGAAAGCCUUCUGAAACGGAUAAGGACAAUGCAAUCGCAACAGACGCAAUCACUGUGUAUUCCCCUGUAGCGUCAAUGUCCGAGAAACCAACUCUCUCACGACCGCCAUCUGUUAAGCAUAUGUCUCGAGAGCAAGACGUUCCAUCUCGUGCAUGGAUAACGCGUUCGGCGUCCCUUCGGGGAACGACGGUUUCUGGUACUGUUUUGUCCUCAUUGGAACCUGAGUUCUGGCGAAGCAGAGCUGGUCCUUUGCCACCUUUGCCGCCUCGCCAACUUCCCCGCUCGCAGCCUUCGCACCCGAACCCACUUCUUCCUCCACCACUUGCAUUCCCCGAAUCUGAACUAUUCGUUCUCGAACCUGAAGAAAGUUUAGAAGAAGUGGACUUUUCCGAGCUGGAUAAACUUGUUGGUAUUGCGGAACCUGCGACCGUAUCUGUCGACACAUCCGUACAUCCUGAAACGCCCCGACGGCCGACUAGACCUGUGGCCAGCGAUUUCUUUGACAAUGAAUUGCUUCAACGCGAAUCAGUCGUGCCGACAAGGAACGAUGUAGCGUCAUCAUGGAGACGGAGAGUAUCUGUCAGUACUUCGGGCGAGCAUGCGUCAGCCAUGGUUUUCGACGUUCAGCAUGGACUAGAAACUGUGCGAGAGUCUGGAGAAGCCAGUAGCCCGGAUACAAAAUUAUCUUUACCAUCUUCGACAACGAAGUCGUCUACGGAUUUUAUGGAGGCUCCAUUACCCGCAUCAAGAAACCUUUCAUCCUCAGCUGAGCAUGCUCCGACGAACACUUCUUUCCCACAGACGUUGGUUGUACCAUCUCACCCCUCGUCACAACGUUCGCCACGUUCAGCAGUAUACCGCGAGGUUUCAAUGUCCAUGCUUGAUGACACCAUGUCAAGGAUCAAGGGAGCAUUGGACGGGAUGCAGGUUCACGACGUCCAUCGGGAAUCACAAAGAAAUGGCUUUGCAGACUUGUCAUCUUCAAAGCCACUUACACUUGUAUCACAAUCGCCUCCGCACAAGGCUGAAAUCAUAAAACCACCGAAAUGGGUCCCGCCGGCUCUACGGUCGCGAGGGUUCGCCCCGGAGACCUCAGCUCUACAAGAAAGUUUCGAUGUCACGGCUACCGAGCCCAUUAUGUCUCCGAAGCCACCAUGGGCAUAUACUGUGCGAUUCCCAGAAGCCUCAUAUCCCAUCGAAUCACUCUCAAGAAAGCAGAUGCAUCUUUGGAAAUCGCCACCGUCCCAAGUCCGAUGGGAUAUCUUGUCAUUCGACCCGCCAGUGGAAAACAUGACACGCAAGGACUUCUCCCUUAACGAUAUUCUGUUCCGCAAGCUCCCGAUAUUGAAAGGCAGACACAGAUAUAAGGUGGUUCUACCAAAGCCUACUCUGUUGAGGAGUAUGUCUGGGAUUUCGGAGCCGAUCAAACCCAAGGGCACCCUUCCUGCAAAGCCCUCGGCCAAUAAAUUUGCAUUCGGUGCUUUCGGCAAACCUCGAGAGGCUGAUGAUGUAGCUAGUUGGCGCCAGAGACCUUCAGCCUCUGACUCAGGGGAAAAGGCACAGGAUUGUCUCGAGGUUGAGCAGCUCGAGACCGUCAGCCGAUCUCCACCACCAGACAAUGACGCCACUGCUACUAUAGACAUCUCGUCGAAAGCAGACUCCCCAGUGGUAGUAUCUGGGUCUAUUGACGGCUCUUCAAAGCCGCGGACACAGCCGAAGAUGCCUGCUGGAGUGGGUGUUGCCUUCUAUCGUGAUUCUCAAUCUGAUGGAGUCCAUGUGAAGUCGCCUGUGCAGUUCAUUGUCACAAGUGAGCUGGAAGACGAACAGUCACCAAGACAAACCAUUUCCCUAUUGGCCACUGAUGAUGCGCGUAUGUCUCCACCAACAGGGCUUGUAGCCGGAAUGGGUGAUAAGAAUAAUCAAAUUGGAUCUGCGCAUCAAGAACAAAGAAGUGGUUCUCUGUCAAGAGAAAAGACCGAAAGCAAAAGUUCGAACGAUUCGUCGGAUCAGGUUCCAAUAACUCCGCCCUCUCAACCCGCUUUAGCUUCGUGGACAAAGCCGCCAGCCUCUUUUUCUAUUAAGGAUUCCUCUGCUCGUGCUCCUGAUCCUGAACAUUUAAAGCUUCUUUGGGCACAAACGUCCUCAAAAGCCGAGGCUCCCGCUGUCAACUCACUAAAGGGGAUUGCAGACGAUCUGCCCUCAGUGCCAUUCACCCUGCAAGAAGUGAAAUCAGAAGAUGGAGAGACGCCACCGCCAACGACUUCGAGACCUCCCACCUCGAGCGGUCCAUCUCGGAUGUCUUUACACGAUGUCACCCGCGCAUUCCAACAAGUGCCGUCGCCACCUACCGCAUCAUUACACAAGGCGUCGAAUCCCCCGCCGCCCUCUUCAUCAAUGUCGAAUUCAAGCUCCGCCCGCGCAUCUAAUUAUUCUCAUCCGUCCUCUGCUCCCCAUGCAAACAUGCGACCUGCUUAUAUGGCGUAUCCGUCACCGAUGAUGAGCCACUCGCCCGUGCCAACCAUGAUAUAUCCUCACGUCAUGAGCCCCAGCCCUGCAUCACCCAUGAUAGUGAAUGGACCGUCACCGCAGUAUGGGCAGCCACUGUGGAUGUCGGUCUCUGGUCCAACAGCUCAGACAUCUGGUGCAGUGAUGCGUCCGGUGCCUUCACCGUAUCCUGCGCAGUAUAUGGCUUACCCUGCUCAGGGUCCACCACCUCAGAUGUAUGCGUCUCCAGUCAUGCAGAAUACUCAGUUGCAGCCAAGGCCUUCCAAUGGUUCGCAAACUCGUGAUCGCACUCCCUCGCUUAUGAGCCCGGUCAUGAGUCAUGCAGGGAUCUCGCAUCCGCAUCCGCAUUCACACCCACAUCCAGUAAUAUCGAUGUAUCCAGCGAGUCCUGUAAUGGUCCUGCUCCGGCAGGAAGAGGGGACCCCCGGAGCCUAUAUGCUAUGAUGCCAAGCAUGCAUCAACAAGGUCCCCCUAAUCAUCCACUGCCCCCACCACAUCAAAGUGGCUACACUCCUGGCCCACCACAUCAUUACGUUCAGCCCCCAUGGUAGCUAAACAAUGUCCCCACAAUGUCCCUUAUGUUUUCCCAUCGUCUACUUCACACGCUGAACUUUAUCUGUUAUCGUUGUCGCUUGUCGUUAUCGUACUCUGCGUUCAAUCAUUUAUCUUCAUGCU